AAAAAAAAAUAAAAAAAAAAAAUUCGUGUGUGCGGUGUAGUUCAUAGUGCAAUAGUCUAUUUGUCCUCAACCAACAAAUUCGCAGUGACCGAAUAUGUGCACAUCAAACGCUGAUAAGGCACCGAGAUCACUAGCAACAAAAAAAAAAAAAAAAAAAAAAGCAAUCAAUGUUAAAUGCCCACUCUCCUCUGUUCUCGUCUGUGUGGAAUUCACGAACGUCUUUAUGUGUUGAAAACUGCUGACGCGACGGGGGAGGGGUAGAGUUGACGCUUGAAACCGUGCUGGGUUAUUCUAUUGAGCACACCAGCCACCGCAAAUUGUGCCGCGUAUUUAACCAUGUACAUGUAUGCAUGUACUUAUAUAUACCCUGCCAACCACGGCUACCCACUUGAGACAAAUAUUCCAAUACAACUACACAUUUUUUUGUCUAUUCACUAACACCAACGCACAUUUUCGGGUUAUUUUUUGUUUACCUAAAAGCGAUGAAAAAAAGUUUUUUCAUUUCUUGAUUUAUUUGAAUGAGUGCGAAGGAGAAAACAUAAUUGUCAAUAGUGACAAUAGAAAAUCCCAAAAAGGGUAAUAAAAAACGAGGGAAAAUUGCGAGCCAUUUGCAAUUCUUGUGGGAAGAAGAAAGCAUUUAAACAAAGUACUUAGCAAUAUAUAAAAAGAAAUCUUCAAUCAAUCAUUUGGCAACAGAAGCAGAACAAUUUUAAUUAACAAAUGGAGUUUUCUUUCCCAAUCGACACCUCUUCCUCGGAGAACAUUAGUUCACGGCAGCGAGAUGGAGAAGAAAUGGGCACAUUUCGUGUCGCCGAGCCCCAUUCGCAGCGUAUGGCCACCCAACUCCAACAUAAUAUAAGUGGGGAUACUGCGUCGGUACUGCAGAAAAUCAUCGAAAGCCUUGGUAGAAUAGAAUCUCGGCAAGAGGACAUGAGAAAACGGCAAGAAGAUAUGAUAAAACGGUUAUCAGCUCUAGAAAACGCUCUUGCUGAGAAGAUGCCAGAACGUGCGGAGAUACAAGCACAAGGACAAUUGUUGCGGGAGUGUAAGGUGCUCUCGGCAAAAACCCACCGCUGUGUAAGCCGCAUCACUGGCGAAGGAAUAAGCGAGGAGCAGAUUCUAUUGCAAAGCUUGUUCCCCAUGUCGUCAGAGGAAACACUGCUGAAGGUGGAGGAGCACCUUACACGCCAAGAUUACUCUGACGCUAUGACGGCCAUUGCUAUAAAUUUAAAAUCUACCAAGGACUCGAUAGAAAAGGUAUUGCAGUCCUUAUUUAGUGACGAGUUGGUGUGGCUGUACAACUACGAUGGCAAAGCGGGAAAAAAGGCUCUAAACAAAUUAAAAAUAGUGGAUAUCACUCUCGGUUUUAAUAAUCUUUAUUUUAUUUUCAGGUAUUUGUCUUUUAUGAUAAUUUUCCACUCUUUUAUUUUCAGGUAUUUGUCUUUUAUGAUAAUUUUCCACUCUUUUAUUUUCAGGUAUUUGUCUUUUAUGAUAAUUUUCCACUCUUUUAUUUUCAGGUAUUUGUCUUUUAUGAUAAUUUUCCACUCUUUUAUUUUCAGGUAUUUGUCUUUUAUAAUAUUAUUCGUUUCUUUUAUUUUCAGGUUUUAAUAAUCUUUAUUUUACUUUCAGGUAUUUGUCUUUUAUAAUCUUUUUUCACUCUUUUAUUUUCAGCUAUUAACGAUUAUUUUCUUUAAUUAAUCUUUUUUCAGAUGAAAUUCUUUUUUAAAUUAAAUAUAUUUUUAUUUAUGAAAUAUAUUUGUUAUAAUUUUAUGUAAAUAUUUAUUAAAAUAAAUAAAAUUAAUAAUUUAAAAAUUAAAAAGUUGUCUGAAAUUUUAAUAAAUUUUUAAAGUAGGAAUUAAAAAAUGCAACCCUGCAUCAGCUGUUUAAAAUGCAACCCUGUAUCAGCCGUCGAUCGGGGAUAUUAGAGCAGGACAGAUAUACUUUUCUAUAUGACACUGCUGAAUGAGCGCAACAGAGAUGUAUGAUCACAUGUAUACGUACGUGUGAGGGGAAAAGACGGUCGAAUAUUCGGUCUGCCUAAGACACACUCUAUAUGUUUAUCCCCACGUUUACCACCAUGCAACCAGCCGAUUAUCUGGAUGUUUACCCACUCAUGGUUGGCAGGGUAAAAGUAUUAAAUAUAC